CGUGUUUUCUCGCGAGACGUGCGUAUUUAGCAGCUCGCGGGAAGAGGCGGAACUGCAAGGGGCGGCUUGGUAAGGCUCCUCCGCUUCUGACUUGAAGUGUUUUCGGCCAGAGUUCUGUAGCGGUCGGCAUUCCGCCCGGGUCCGGAUUCUACGCCGGGAGCCAAGAUGCUCAAGUCCAAAACGUUCUUAAAAAAGACCCGCGCGGGCGGCGUGGUGAAGAUCGUGCGCGAGCACUACCUGCGGGAUGACAUCGGCUGCGGGGCCCCGGCCUGCGCGGCCUGCGACGGGGCGCACGCGGCCCCGGCCCUGGAGUCGCAGCCCGGCGACCAGGCGAGCAGCCUCUGCCCGUGGCCGCACUACCUCCUGCCGGACACCAACGUGCUGCUGCACCAGAUUGAUGUUCUGGAAGACCCAGCUAUCAGGAAUGUCAUUGUGCUCCAGACAGUCCUGCAGGAAGUGAGAAACCGGAGUGCCCCCAUCUAUAAGCGGAUCAGGGAUGUGACGAAUAACCGGGAGAAGCAUUUUUACACAUUCACUAACGAGCACCAUAAAGAAACCUACAUUGAACAAGAACAGGGAGAAAAUGCUAAUGACAGAAAUGACAGAGCCAUUCGAGUAGCAGCAAAAUGGUACAACGAACAUUUGAAGAAAAUAUCAGCAGAAAACCAGCUGCAAGUUAUCCUUAUAACAAAUGACAAGAAAAACAAAGAAAAAGCUGUAGAAGAAGGAAUCCCAUCUUUCACAUGUGAGGAAUAUGUAAAAAGCCUAACUGCUAACCCUGAGCUUAUAGAUCGCCUUGCUUGCUUGUCUGAGGAAACGAAUGAAAUAGAAAGUGGGAAAAUAAUAUUUUCAGAGCAUCUUCCCUUAAGUAAGCUCCAACAAGGCAUAAAAUCUGGCUCAUACCUUCAAGGAACAUUUAGAGCUAGCAGGGAAAAUUAUUUAGAAGCUACAGUGUGGAUUCACGGAGACAAAGAAGAUGAAAAAGAGAUACUUAUACAAGGACUUAAACAUCUAAAUAGAGCUAUUCAUGAAGACAUUGUGGCCGUGGAGCUUCUGCCCAGGAGUCAGUGGGUGGCACCAUCCUCUGUGGUUUUACACGAUGAAGGUCCAACGGAAGAUGAUGUGGAGAAAGAUGAGGAGAGAGAGCUCAUGCUUAAGACUGCUGUAAGUGAAAAAAUGUUGAGGGCUACAGGUAGAGUUGUAGGAAUAAUAAAAAGGAACUGGAGACCAUAUUGCGGCAUGCUUUCCAAGUCUGAUAUUAAGGAGUCAAGAAGACAUCUCUUUACACCUGCUGAUAAGAGAAUUCCACGAAUUCGAAUAGAAACCAGACAGGCUUCUGCACUAGAAGGACGGAGAAUUAUUGUCGCUAUUGAUGGUUGGCCUAGAAAUUCUAGAUAUCCAAAUGGACACUUUGUUAAAAAUUUAGGUGAUGUUGGAGAAAAAGAGACAGAAACAGAAGUUCUGUUGCUUGAACAUGAUGUUCCUCAUCAGCCCUUUUCCCAGGCUGUCCUUAGCUUCCUGCCCAAGAUGCCGUGGAGUAUUACUGAGAAGGACAUGAAAAACCGAGAAGACCUGAGACAUCUGUGUGUUUGCAGUGUCGACCCUCCAGGAUGUACUGACAUAGACGAUGCCCUGCAUUGUAGAAAACUCAGUAAUGGAAAUUUGGAGGUUGGUGUUCACAUUGCUGACGUUAGCCAUUUCAUCAGGCCAGGAAAUGCGUUGGAUCAAGAAUCAGCCAGAAGAGGAACAACUGUUUAUCUUUGUGAAAAGAGGAUUGACAUGGUUCCAGAGUUGCUUAGCUCUAACUUAUGCUCCUUAAGAUCCAAUGUUGACAGGUUGGCAUUUUCCUGUAUUUGGGAAAUGAAUCAUAAUGCUGAAAUCUUAAAAACAAGAUUUACCAAAAGCGUAAUUAAUUCAAAGGCUUCUCUUACAUAUGCUGAAGCACAGAUGAGAAUUGAUUCAGCAGCCAUGAAUGAUGAUAUUACCACUAGUCUCCGUGGACUAAAUAAACUAGCUAAAAUUCUUAAAAAAGGAAGGAUUGAAAAGGGGGCUUUGACUCUGUCUUCUCCAGAAGUUCGAUUCCACAUGGACAGUGAAACUCAUGAUCCAAUAGAUCUACAGACCAAGGAACUGAGAGAAACAAAUUCCAUGGUGGAAGAAUUCAUGUUACUUGCAAAUAUUUCUGUUGCAAAAAAAAUUCAUGAGGAAUUUUCUGAACAUGCUCUGCUUCGAAAACAUCCAGCUCCACCUCCCUCCAAUUAUGAAAUUCUUGUUAAGGCAGCCAAGUCCAAGAAUUUGGAAAUUAAGACUGAUACAGCCAAGUCUUUGGCUGAUUCUUUGGACCGGGCCGAAUCCCCUGAGUUCCCGUACCUGAACACUCUUUUGAGGAUAUUGGCCACUCGCUGUAUGAUGCAAGCUGUCUACUUCUGUUCUGGGAUGGAUAAUGACUUCCAUCAUUAUGGCUUAGCCUCCCCAAUAUACACACAUUUCACUUCUCCCAUCAGAAGAUAUGCAGACAUAAUUGUUCAUCGGUUGUUGGCCGUGGCUAUUGGGGCUGAUUGUACUUAUCCAGAGUUGACAGAUAAACACAAGCUUUCAGAUAUAUGUAAAAAUCUCAAUUUCCGGCAUAAAAUGGCUCAGUAUGCUCAGCGUGCAUCAGUAGCUUUUCAUACCCAGCUGUUUUUCAAAAGCAAAGGAAUAGUAAGCGAGGAAGCCUAUAUUCUCUUUGUAAGAAAGAAUGCAAUUGUGGUGCUAAUUCCAAAGUAUGGCUUAGAAGGUACAGUUUUUUUUGAAGAAAAAGAUAAACCAAAGCCACGGCUUACUUAUGAUGAUGAGAUACCUUCACUCAGAGUAGAAGGUACAGUGUUCCAUGUCUUUGAUAAAGUUAAAGUAAAAAUCACAUUAGAUUCAUCAAAUCUUCAACAUCAGAAAAUCCGCAUGGCCCUUGUGGAACCACAGAUACCAGGAAUAAAUAUUCCUCCUGAUGUUUCAGACAUGGAUCUCAGUGGGCCAGGAAGGAAGAAGAGGAAACUUGAGAAGUAGCUACAUGCAACAGAGAACUACAAAGACUGACAAUUACUGUAGACAACAACAAAAUUGAAAGCAUACUUACAAACUGGUGUGCAUGAUACUUUCAAGUACAUUUCAAUAAUUUUAAGAAAUUUGCAUUUUUAUUGAGUUACUGGCUAAAUCUUAGACUGUGCUUCUGCAACAGCAAAAAUUAUGCAGAAAAAUUCAUUUGAAUAUCCAUCACUUAAAUGGUGACAGAACAGCAACUUCAGGGAUCUGUGAUGAUCAUUUAAAUGGAGUACUCAUCUGCUCAUUGACGAGCAGAUUAAUUUUUAUAUAAGUGCUUUAUUUAAUAUAGAAAAAACGCAUUUUCUGAGGAAAUUAACAUUUUAGAAGCAAAGAACAAGCCUUUCUAAAUCUUGAGCUGUCAGUGUUUGGCAUUUGAUCUUUUUGCGAUUUUAAUUUGCCUACUUAUAACACUGUAUUCACACAUUUUGAAAAGCCUCCUUACUUUACUAGUGGUUCUCAGAACUGAAUGUUUUGGGAUUAUAAGAAAACAAAAACUCAGGUAUCUUGGAUUGGGAACAUUGUGAUGUUAUUGUUAACAGGUGAUAAGUUCCUUAAUCUGUGUUGCCAGUGUUUCUCUCAAACAAGGCAUUACAUUUUAGAGAAAGAAUCAAAGUAGAAAUGUCUGCUUUCUUAAAAAAACAGGUAAUAGCUUUUGAAUUUUAGUUAUACCCAAUUAUAUAAGAGAGGAGGGAUUGUAUUAGACAUAUUAAAGGAACAAAUGAAGUCUCAUUUGUUGUACCAGUUUGACUACCUCGUGCCUUGCAAAUCCCAGAUUAAUGAUGACAUUAGGAAAAUUUUAACAUUUGACUUUGCUUAGUCAGUUUCUAGUCUAGUAAACUACUUUUGUGGUAGUAACCAGCUGAAAAGUCCCAGGCUAUAAUGUAGGUACAGCUGUGUCCCGAAUAAACACACAUUUAGUGCUGUUUUCCAAUUUCCUAUUACAGCAGAUAAUAUCCAUAUGUUAAGGCAGAACUUGAUUUAACUGAAGGAAGACAGCAUUUGGCCCACAGCAUUUCAGACUGUUGGCUGAACUACAGCUACAGCACAGCCCUGCUGUACUUGUGGUUUAUAAGCAGCCAAACAAUGUAUAAACAGGUAUGGUUAUGUUCCUGAAAUAAAAAGUCAAUUUUCCAAGGAGUAUAACAGAUACUGCUCUUGGGGCUGGAGAGAUGGCUCAGUGGUUAAGAGCAUUGCCUGCUCUUCCAAUGGUCCUGAGUUCAAUUCCCGGCAACCACAUGGUGGCUCACAACCAUCUGUAAAGAGGUCUGGUGCCCUCUUCCGGCCUGCAGGCAUACACACAUACAGAAUAUUGUAUACAUAAUAAAUAAAUAAAAUAAAUAUUUAAAAAAAAAAGAUACUGCUCUUGAGCUUUACCCACCAGUCACUCAAAUUUUUUGCUAUUGAGUUGAGCAUGUAGUUGAGUGGUAUAAUGAUUGCCUUGGAUUUGAUUAGACUAUUGCAAAGCACAAGACAAGAACUGUUUGCCAGGUACUGGAAAGAUGUCUCAGCAGGUAAGAGCAAGCACGGCUGUUUUGCCAGAGGACCAAGGCUUGAUUCUCAGUGCCCACAUGAUCUGUACUCCAGUUCCAUCACUCAAGUAGUAUACAAACAUAUGUAAAUACAGGCAAGAACAAAGCUAAAAAUGUUAAAAGCUAUUUACCAUAGUUUACCUGCAUUAUGGGGUCAUCUUGAUAAUAAAAAGCCAAUAAGUUGUAUCUGUUAGCUGUUUAUAGAGUAGGACAUUGAAUUUCUUCCUCAGUUGUUUCUCCACAUUAAUUUUUUGAAACAGGGUGCCUUUCACUGAACUUUAGAGAUUGUCACUUUGAGCUACACUGGCUAGAAUUCAACAAGUUUCCACCAACCAAAAUGGGAUCACAGUCACAUUCUGGCAAGCUCACACGGAGGUUAGGUUUUCCUGCUUUGCAGCAAGCACUCUACCUAUGGAGCAGCCCCCAUGUCUAUUACCAUUCUCAUCAUCUAGAGUGGCUUUAACAAGUACAGGCUUUAAUCUCAACUGAGCAAAUUCAUGAUCAAAAACCUACAUUCCCCCGGGCCUUUGAGGUUUUAAAAUUUUUUUUCCCUAAUGCCAGUUAUGAAGCUAAGCGGAUUACACAGAACAUGUUCAUCCAGUGUCCAGGCUUUGCAUCUCCAGAUUGAAAGGACGAAAGUACUUGGGGGAAAAUGCAUCUGUGUAAAUAUGUUUAGACAUUUUCAUAUUAGUAUUCCCCCAGAUACCGUAACUAUUUUCAUUGUACUCACAUUGUAGUAGAUAUAAGUAAUUUGAGAGGAUCUGAAGUAUAUGAAAAGAUGUGCAUGCCUUACAUGGAAAGAUGGUGUCAUUUAAUGAAGGACACUAGCAUCCCUAACUAGUUCCCCUGGGAUACUGAGGACGACUGGUUGCAGAUGAAACUCAACACACUUUUGACCCUUACAUUCUAGUGACUGAUGUAAGAAGACAAAAGUUCAGGGCCAGCCUAGGCUACAUUGUGAGACGGUCUCAAGACAAACUGGAGGAGCCACUGGAGGACUGCUACUCCCAUUUCACAGAUAAAGGCCAGGCCAAGUAGCGAGACAAGUUAUUUGACUUGAUAAUAUUACUUUAAAAAACUGAAAAGUAGCCAGGGAGGCUGUUCAUCUUAGAACUCCUGGAUA